AUGGCACACGCGGGUAGUGCCACGUCAGCCUCUGACGGCAGCAACUGGGCUGCGCUCCUGCUGGCCGCAGGAACCGGCGCCGUGGUGGCGGCAGCCGCGUCGUACUACUUCCAUUCGCAAGCGCUCGCGAAGUUUGCCGAACAGGAUGGCAAGCUGAAGCCGCAGAAGAUGCGCAAGGUGACGACCGCCCCUGCGCGCCGAGCUGCGCCCACCCCGGGCGUGCCACUGCGCCCGCAGCAGCGGAGCCACCGAAACUCCCAGUCGAACGCCGCCAAUCCAUACGCCUUCGACCCGCUUGCUGGCUGUUUCAGUCCGGGCAGUCUGCCCGGGAAACUUGCGUCCUCCCUGGACCGGCAGGACAUGCAGGCUCUCAGCGCCGCGCGCCUGGCGGCGGCAAACGCGUCGGCGGCAGUGGCGUCGGGGCUGCGAGAAGGCAAUCUCCAAGGUGAUCUCCUUCCGCCGCGCUCUGUGAGCGCGCACUCGUCGGUGGUGGGGGGGAUGGGCGCGGAGGAGGCGGAGGAGGAGGCGGAGGAGGAGGACAUGGGGGAGGAGGGGGAGGAGGUGAUGGUGGAGGAGCUGGUGGAGGGGGGGGAGGGGGAGGGCGGGGAGGGCGCGGAGAAGGAGGCGGAGGGGCGGGGGGAGGCGCGGGUGAAGAGGGCGGUGAGCGUGCAGGACAGCAUUCACCACCCGGUGUCUGACCCUGGCACGGCGGACCGGCUGAGGAAGGCGCCAGAGGUGGAGGAGUAUGUGCGCCUCAACCUCUACCCACAAGACAUGCCGAGUGCGGAGGACGAGGAGGUGUGUGUGUUGCUGCAGGAGUGUCUGCAGCUGAGGGACAAGUACGUGUUUAGGGAGGCCGUGCCGCCCUGGCAUGCCGACGCCAACACGCUGCCCAUGCCCGACCCCAGCGACCCCUUCCGCUACGACCCGCUCCCCCCCUCCGAUCAUGUGAUAGAGAUGGUGGAUGGUGUGGUGAAGAUAUUCGCGGAUAAGGAAGCCAAGGAGCGGGGCGAGGAGCUGUUCCCAGUGCACGACGCCACAACGUUCUUCACCGAUCUGCACCGCAUCCUCAAGAUCACCUCCCUGGGCCACGUGCGCUCCCUCUGCUUCCACCGCCUGCGCCUCCUCGAACAGCGGUACCACCUGCAUCUGACGCUGAACGCGGACCGCGAGUUCAAGGCGCAGAAGAGCGCGCCGCACCGCGACCUGUACAACGUGAGGAAGGUGGACACGCACGUGCACCACAGCGCGUGCAUGAACCAGAAGCACCUGCUGCGCUUCAUCAAGUCCAAACUCAGGAAGGAGCCCGACGAGGUGGUGAUCUUCCGUGACGGCAAGUACCUCACGCUCAAGGAGGUGUUUGAGAGCCUCGAUCUCACCGGCUACGAUCUGAACGUGGAUCUGUUGGACGUGCAUGCGGACAAGAACACGUUUCACCGCUUUGACAAGUUCAACCUCAAGUACAACCCCUGUGGGCAGAGCCGACUCAGAGAGAUCUUCAUCAAGCAAGACAACCUCAUCCAGGGUAACAUGGCUCAUUCCACCACCUCAACAGCUCGCAGUUCUGCGUGCAUUGAGGUCGUUUUUGAGGCGCCUCAUAAACGACCUCAAUUUUGA